AAGCUUGAAUCUUAAAACCUUCCCAAAUCCCAAUUCAUGUCCGGCGAAAGCAACGACGAAGAGAAAACGAGAAUCGGAGAAGAACAAUGACGGUAGCGGCGGGGAUCGGGUACGCUUUGGUGGCGUUAGGACCGUCUCUCUCCCUUUUCAUCUCCGUUAUCUCCAAAAAGCCCUUCUUGAUCCUCACUCUCCUCUCCAGUACAUUGGUUUGGCUUAUAAGUUUGAUAAUUUUAUCUGGAAUUUGGAGAGCUUUCCUCCCUUUGAAUUCAACAACAUGGUGGCCUUUUGCAAUUCUUAUAUUCACAUCCGUUGCUUUUCAAGAAGGUCUUCGUCUUCUUUUCUGGAAAGUUUAUAAGAGGCUAGAAGACAUAUUGGAUGCUUUUGCUGAUAGGGUCUCGAAGCCACGCUUGUAUCUGACCGAUAAGAUGCAAAUUGCUCUUGCUGGUGGGUUGGGUCAUGGUGUAGCACACUCAGUAUUCUUUUGUCUCAGUCUCUUGACACCAGCAUUUGGUCCAGCAACCUAUUUCGUCAAUAGUUGUUCACAAAUACCAUUUUUCCUUGUUUCUGCAAUUAUUGCUCUAGCAUUUGUAACGGUCCACACUUUCUCGAUGGUUAUUGCGUUUAAUGGCUAUACUGAAGGGAAUAAAGUGGACCAACUUUUUGUUCCCUCGGUUCAUCUUGCGGCUGGAAUGAUGACUUUGAUAAAUUUUGCAUACGAUGGCUGCAUUAUCGGGAUUCCUCUUCUCUUCUUAAUGGUGAUCUUGACCUUGAUGCACUGCAGGAGGAUGGUUUGGCGGAGAUUAACUGAAAACCAAAGGCAGGGUAAUUCGUAAAAAUCCAAACUUCUGCUAUUUCUCCCUUUGUUUUUAGUUGGAACCUGCACAAUUCUUAUCAUGCAGGUAGUAGAACAUCCGACUCAUGUAAUGUCUCCAUUUUCAAUGAAUGAAAGUUAGCAACUAAGACCAUUGUUUCAAACUCGUAUCUAGCGGAUUAUUAUAUGCGUUAUAUGCUCGCGACUCAUGACACCUAAUGAAGUUGUAUAGUUUUGGUGUCUUCUUGCACUGUGUGAAACAUUGGAUUGUGUUGUUUUAUCUGUUAGUUUAACCUGUUAUAUCGAUUCUUCAUUUUCCGCAAAACAUUGUGCCGAAAGAAUUGAUUACUAUUGAAAGAAUUACAAGUAGCAAAAUUAGCCUGCACUAAUGCUUCUCGAAUAUCCAAAAUUUGAUUUUCACUAUUAAAAGAAUUGAAACAAUUUAUGGUAUAUAUAUUGCUAACAGCAAUGCCAAAGAACUAAAACACAACGUUUGCAAUCACUUUAGCAGCCAUUUUUGUUCUUUGCGUAGCUCAGCAACUUUGUUCAAUCACUUGAG